CAGUAGCUGCGAUGAUGCUGCGCCUCCUCCUCGCGGUCCUGUGUCUUUUGUCUUGUGGCCUGGCCGCCCCCCGGCCGUUCAGGGUCAGGGCCAGAGGGAUCGGCCGGAUAAUCGGCGGCACCACCACCGACAUAUCCAGCUACCCGUGGAUGGUAUCCAUGCAGAUAAACGGCUACCACUCCUGUGGGGCCUCCGUCAUCAGCAGCAACUGGGUGCUGACCGCCGGCCACUGCCUCUAUGGCGCCAACAUCGCCACGUACAGCGUUAGGGCCGGCACCUCGACCCGCGAGAGCGGAGGUGUCGUAUCGGCCGUGGCGUACGGCGUUCUGCACGGCAACUACGACCCCAACACGGUGGACUACGACAUCUCGCUGCUGCAGGUGGCCAGUCCUCUCCCCAUCGGUGGCAACAUACAGGUGGUGGGUCUCCCUGCCGACGGCUACGACCCACCUGGAGGCCUCGCAGUCACCAUCACCGGCUGGGGUGCCACAGCCACCUCGGGCCAGGUGGCACCGUUCAAUCUGAUGAAGGUGGACAUCACCGUCAUCGACCGCGCCAGCUGCGUGGCCAGGUUUGGCGUCACCGACCGCAUGAUCUGCGCCGGCGAGGCCGGCAAGAGCACCUGCUAUGGCGACUCCGGCGGCCCGCUCGUCAGUGGUGGCACUCAGGUCGGCAUCGUCUCGUGGGGAAGGGAACAGUGCGAGACCGAUGGCGGCGUGUAUGCUAACGUCGGCAACCUCCGGUCCUGGAUCAGUGGUGCCACAGGAGUCUGACCAAGUUCUCUCAUUCUAUCUGCAUUCAUGUAAAACAAGUGGCAGCCUUGUAAGUUUUCAUACACACUCAGAGGUUCUUUAAUAUCAGUCUUCUGCCAAGUUUAGCAUGAUCGUGAAUGCCAUACGUUAUUAUGAUCAAAUAAAUGAUAUUAUUUCUUAA